AUGACUCCAAUCUCUGUUCCUCACGUGACGCCAACAGACGAUCCAGAAUCAAUCACCCAAUCCCUACGCGAAUGCGGUGUCCUGAUCAUCAGAGGACUUCUGUCGAGAGACCAGUUGCAGGAGUUGAAUCACGAACUUGACAAACCGUUGGAGGCCAUCCAGUCGGGCUCCAAACACAAGGUCGACAAGAUCCAAGACUUUCACGGCAGCAAUACAAAGCGCCUCACAAAUGUUACAACCCACAGCAAGAUAUUUCGUCAUCAAGUGCUUGAGAACGAAUUAGUCCACGCCGUGGCUGAGAGGGUUUUCCACCAAGACUCUGGGACGUACUGGAUGGGUGCUGCUCAAGUGAUCCAAAUCGGGCCUGGCAACAAAGCUCAGGUGCUUCACCGGGAUCAAGGCCAGUAUCCAAUCUUCAAUCUAUUGGGCGCGAAGGCACCGGAGGCGACUAUCAAUUUCCUCAUCGCCCUGACAGACUUUACUGAAGAGAAUGGCGCCACCAGAAUCAUCCCUGGAUCUCAUAUGUGGGAAGACUAUUCCAACAUGGGGUCACCUGACCAAACGGUUCCUGCCAUUAUGAAGGCCGGCGAUGCUGUCCUGAUGAGUGGCAAGACAGUUCAUGGUGGUGGUGCCAAUAAAACUAAAGAUGAGAACCGUCGUGGCUUAGCUUUCACACUACAGUGUAGUUAUCUGACGCCAGAAGAAGCGAAUCCGUUCAUUAUCGGAUUGGAUACCAUCAAACAACUAUCCCCUAGAGCGCAGCGGAUAUUGGGAUUCCGUUCGCAAUUCCCGAAAUUUUCGCCUGGACUAUGGCAAUCCGACUACUCCGAGCUUGCAGACGUUAUUGGCCUAUCGGGGGAAGAUGCAGCCCUUGAACGCUUGAAACGGGAAAACAAAGUGACAUUCUAG